CACGCCCCCUCGCCCGCGGCCCCCUCCCCGUCUCUCCCCGCCGCCUCCUCGAAGCUCCCCGGUCAGAGGGCCCGAGCAAGAAGAUGGCGAAGACGUACGAUUAUCUGUUCAAGCUGCUGCUCAUCGGAGACUCGGGAGUGGGCAAGACCUGUCUCCUGUUCCGCUUCUCCGAGGACGCCUUCAACACCACCUUCAUCUCCACCAUUGGAAUUGAUUUUAAAAUCAGGACGAUAGAACUGGAUGGGAAGAAAAUUAAGCUUCAGAUAUGGGACACAGCAGGCCAGGAAAGGUUCCGAACAAUUACGACAGCAUACUAUAGAGGAGCUAUGGGCAUUAUGUUGGUGUAUGACAUCACAAAUGAAAAAUCCUUUGACAAUAUUAAAAACUGGAUCAGAAACAUUGAAGAGCAUGCCUCUUCAGAUGUUGAAAGAAUGAUCUUGGGUAACAAAUGUGAUAUGAAUGACAAAAGACAAGUGUCCAAAGAAAGAGGAGAGAAGUUAGCAAUUGACUAUGGGAUUAAGUUCCUGGAGACAAGUGCAAAAUCCAGCACCAAUGUAGAAGAGGCAUUUUUUACGCUUGCACGAGAUAUAAUGACAAAACUCAACAGAAAAAUGAAUGACAGCAAUUCAUCAGGGACAGGUGGACCAGUGAAAAUCACAGAAAACCGGUCAAAGAAGAGCAGUUUCUUCCGUUGUUCACUGCUUUGAUGGACUCUGGCUGAGAGACUGCAGCACCGCCAGAGGGAGGGCCCUUCCCUGCUUCUCUGAAAGCACAGGUCACCCAGCCUCUAAACCCCACGGCCCGGCUGCUGCGGAGAGCACUGCCCAACUCCGACCUCUGCACACGGAAAGCCAAGCGGAUCGCAGCCUGCGGCCUCGCGCCCCAACAGGCUCGUUUCCUUUCAGACCUGGAAGCAAUGACGUGGAGACACAAGCAGGACCUAACUUGUUUUCCCUUUGUUUUCCUGCCUGUUGCAGAAGCUGCUAUCUUUUCUUUUUCACUUUGCACACAGUGUUACUCUCUCCCUACCACAGCACAAUCUGAGACUCAUCUUGGCACCCUUUUGGGUCAUGAAGUAGCUGAGUAGCUGGAUUUGUAUUUUUUUAAAAAAAAAGACAGGACAUUGAAAGCAGAGGCUAAGGUACUAACGUGAAGGGACUUGUGGUCUGGGUUCUAAGGCCAAAUGUUACUACAUUGGUACCAUUUGUUUAAGGGUGUUGAUUUGUGAUUUUUCUCCAGACUCAUUAAGUCAUGCUAAAUAUUUUAGUUUCAAAAGUUGUGAAAAUGCCCAGCUCUUCAUCAGAGUCCACCGUGUCAUCACCUCUUGAGGUGAUCAGGAGCUUUGUCUUGUUCCCAACUUUCUCGGAGAGUCCAGAAAGCUCCAGGAGCCAGGUUUCAGAUUGAUUACCUCUGCCUAUUCUGUGGAAAUCACAUUUGGAAAUCACUGUAAUCUCACUUUUCUCUUAGAAUCUGUAUUUGCUCUUCUUUUCUAUGUUUGAGAUAACGGCAAUUCCUUGGUCAUCUAAACCUAAACAGAUUCUUAACCUUGCUGUAUUUUCCCUUGUGAAUUUCUUGAGACACCCCAUCUCGGAUUUCAUUUCAGCAUCUAGCUGUAAUUGUGUCAUGUGAGGACUUGUAAUGUUUUUUUCUUGGCUUUAUCCCUUAGCUAGCUAUUGAAAUUGAGAUACCCAGUUCCCAUCCUAAUCCCUGUCCACGAGAGUUAACAAACGUCAAACUGGGAUUUUAGUUUGCGGAAAUCUUACUCUCUCCCACAUGAAGAUGAACUUGUUUAUAUAAACUUAAUAGAGAUAAUUCUUGGUAAUGAUAAAAAUAAUUAUUUGGGUUUUUCUAUUUCUUUUUAAUUUUUAUUUUUGGUUGUGCGGGGUAGGAGGUUUUAAUAAAAACAAUUAGAUCUAGCACAGGUUGUAGGACAGCUCUUGCCUUUUCAUUAGAGUUAAAUGAGGUCAAGGUUUCAGUUUUGAAACAGUCAUUGUUACCUGUGCAGAACACAGUCCCAUCUGUUUAGGCUGAUUGUUAUAGAAACUGGUCUAGUCAUUUGGGCCAAAGCCAACCAAAAGCUUAGUUGCCUUUCUUACCAAACAUUGGUACUGGUAUGCCUUUCAUAGAUGAAAGCAUCACAUUAUUUGGUAUUUAGUGUAUGUGCCAAAUUCAUAUCACUGCUGUUAUUUUUAGCCUUUGGUGUCAUAGGGGAUCAUUAGAAGAGGGUUAGGGAAUUAGGGAAAUGAGGACUGUUAAUAAAAAUGUUUCCUGUGUAUGCCUACAAAAGUUACUCUCACGAUUAGUGUAAAAGUGGGAGAUGCGAAUGGAUUGGAUUAGUUGUUACCAGAGAGGAUUCUGCUUCAAAAUAGGAUAUGCUAUUAGAAUGCUUACCACUGGUCAACCUUUGGUACUUCUUUGAAAACUUGAGUGGCUACAAAUGGUAUUCCAGAGCUAUCCUUGUGGAUAUACUAUACUACUGUUAAGAAAUCUCAGCUUCCUUGGUUUGUUUUGCUUUUUGUUAACUGAAAGUUCAAAAUCACCCGUUGCUGUCCCAAUAUAAUGAGUAAUUCCUUGACUAAAAUUGACUGUAUGUCUGCCACUUUCAAAUCAGAUACCUUUUUGAAAAGAAAAUAAUUUCUUAGAACAUCUUGUAUCUACUAAUUUUCUGGGGAAAAAAAAAAGUUCCAAGCAGGUAAGCUUUCUAGAUGGUAGCAAAAUACUUUCUGAAAGGGGAGUGCUAUGACACCAUGUAUGAAUGUAAUUCUCUUAGUAAUUUACCUCUUGACUAUUUGGUGUCUUAACACUUUGGUUUCUAUCUCAGGGGUUGUCUGCAAACCAAAUCUGAUACGUUCUGUGGUCAGCUUUUGUUUUUGUUUUUGUUUUGUGUUUUUCUUUUUAACAGGAUACUUUGCUUUUGUUCUAUUUCUUCUCUCUUCCUUUGUCCUAUGUGGGUUAAUGACUAGUCUCCAUGAACUUCCCUUUGCAAGAGCCUGAAAAGUUGGCUGAGUCUGAAAGUGCUCUUUGAAGUAGCAGCGAAUCGGGACUGUAUGCUCUGUUAUAUAGAAAUAAAUUGUCCUUGCUAUUUUCUUACAUUUUAGCUUUGCUAAAUUGUACAUAAUUUGAGCUGAGCCCAUAAGAAAUUCCCUUUCUGCAUGGUAAAAUGACCCAAUAAAUAUUCCACUUUGCUUAAUAAUGUA